CUUUGGCAACUCCAGACCUCGCCUCUGCGGUGACUCCGCGCCAGCCCGCCCUCGCCGGGGCUCCCCUCCCUCGCGGCCGAGGAUGGAGGAUCCCUUCGGCCCGGCAGCCCUGCCGCCCGCGCCCAACCUGUCUGCGCCCAGCUUGCCGAACUGGGGGCUCAACCUCACUUCGGGACAGGGAGCCUCCGUCCCGGGGCCGCCGCCGCCAGCCCCCGGGCCCCCCAGCCGCAGGGUCCGCCUGGUCUUCCUGGGGCUUAUCCUGGUGGCAGCGGUGGCUGGGAACUCCACGGUGCUGUGUCGCCUGUGCGGCGGCGGCGGCCCCUGGGCCGGUCCCAAGCGUCGCAAGAUGGACUUCCUGCUCGUGCAGCUGGCCGUGGCCGACCUGUACGCGUGCGGGGGCACCGCGCUGUCGCAGCUGGCCUGGGCGCUGCUAGGCGACCCGCGUCCGGCGGCGGGAGACCUGGCGUGCCGCUUCGUGCAACUGCUGCAGGCGUCCGGCCGCGGCGCCUCCACGCACCUCGUGGCGCUCAUAGCCCUCGAGCGCCAGCGCGCCGUGCGCCGCCCACAGGGUCCGCCGCUGCCCGCGCGCGCCCUCGCCGCCCUGGGGUGGCUGCUGUCGCUGCUGCUGGCUCUGCCCCCCACCUUCGUGGUGCGCGGGGACCCCGCACCACUGUCGCCACCGCCCGCCGCGCCCCACGCCGCGCGCGCCUGGCCCGGGGAGCGGCGCUGCCGCGGCAUCUUCGCGCCCCUGCCGCGCUGGCACUUGCAGGUCUACGCGCUCUACGAGGCAGUCGCGGGCUUCGCGGCCCCCGUGGCUGUCAUGGGCGUCGCUGGGGGCCACCUGCUCUGCUUUUGGUGGCAGCGCCGGUCCCAGCUCCAGGCGACUGGGGCUCCCAGCUUGGCGAGCCCAGUCCGCGCCACCACGCGCGGUGCGCUGGCCCGAGCCAAGGUGCAGAGCGUGAAGAUGAGCCUCGUGCUGUCGCUGCUCUUCGUGGGCUGCGAGCUGCCCUACUUCGCCACCCGGCUCGCGGCCGCGUGGUCGCCCGGGCCCGCGGGAGACUGGGAGGGGGACGGCCUGGCGGCGGCGCUGCGCGUCGUGUCGGUGGCCAACAGCGCCCUCAAUCCCCUCGUCUACCUCUUCUUCCAGGAGGGCGACUGCCCGCUCCGCCGGCGGCUCCGCAAGCGCCUGGGCUCCGCGUGCUGUGCGCGGGAGGGGGUCGAGGAGGACAGCGAGGACCCCGGGGGCCACCAGGCUCUGCACCGCCACCGCUGGCCCCACGCGCAUUAUCACCACGCUCGGAGGGAUGAGGGCUGCGCGCGCCCACCCCCGCCGCGCCCCAGACCGCUGCCCUGCUCCUGCGAAAGCGCCUUCUAGGGGCUCCUGGGGCCGGGACGGCUCGUCCGCGGGGCAGCCUCCCGGCACCAUGAGGCGGGCGGGGUCAGCCGGGAUCUGAACCGGCAGAAAGGUUCCCGGGGACUUCGAAGCUGUGCCCUUCCUCCACGCUGCUCUCACAUUGCCUUCCCAUGUUUACAUGUGCUACACCUGCCAUUUAUUUUCCUCCCUCCAGUUUCUCUCACAUCUGCUCAUUUGGAGAGAUUGAUCCAUUGGGAAAUUGUAAAAAAACAGUCGAAGUGACAGUUAUUAUUUUUGCAGUUCUCUUUCACGCUCCCAUGGUGUUCUGGAUAAGACCAUAAAUUACCAAACUUUCAUUAUUUGCUGUGUUGUCAUCUGUUUAUUUUUUGGUUAUUUAUUUAUUUAUUUAUUUAGACUCAUGCUUAAACCAAGUGUACCUUGGGGAGCAGCGAGUUUGCCACUCCUUCCAGGAAGGGGACCCCGUGUUGCUCUCCCUGGGGAGACAGGGAGUUGUAUCAGUAAUCGUGUCAGUAACCUAAUCAUGCUGCCACUUCAGAGUCAGAAUAUUUGUAAAAUAAAAACAUUUCCUA